AUGUCACUGGGAAGUGACGAGACAGCGAUGGAUGACGAUGAUGGCGCGUUUUCGGGAUCCGAGAGCGACAGCACCUCCACCUAUUCGGACGACGACGGCAUCGUGGUGGACCCCCCUCCCAUCAAAACCGAACGCACCAGCCGUGACAACAACGAGUACACUGACUAUCAGAUACUGGAUGCGGAGAAGGUGGCGCUGGAAAUGAAUAAAAUUAUCGAUGACGUUGCUGCCGUCUUGCGCCUUCCGCCGACAAUAUGUAGAUUACUUUUGCACCAUUACAAGUGGAACAAAGAGAGUUUAUUGGAAAGGUUUUACGAAAGUACUGAUAUGGAUGCGUUUUUUCUGGAUGCGAAUAUCAUUUCACCGUUUAGGGAUACUCACUGUGCGAGUGGCGGCAGUGGCACCAAUAGUUCCCCAACGAAUAUCAUCGACACAUGCGCGAUUUGCUGCUGUCGCGCAGUUUUAACGAGCCUGCAGUGUGAUCAUCAUUUCUGCUACCCGUGCUGGGAUUCAUAUCUAACAACUAAGAUAAUGGAGGAAGGGAGAGCAUACGUUGCGUGCCCGCAGCUCAAUUGCCCGAUAAUUGUUGAUGACGAGAAAACGUUGUCUCUUCUGAAGAGCGAAUGCGCAAAGAAAAGAUAUCGUCGUUUAAUAAUCAACAGUUUUGUGGAGUGCAACGGUUUGCUACGGUGGUGUCCAGCUCCAGACUGCGGACGAGUCAUCAAAGUGGGACAUUCGGAAGCGCGGCCGGUGCAGUGCACGUGUGGAACAGUGUUUUGCUUCUCCUGUGGACAUGAGUGGCAUGAGCCAGUGAAUUGUAGGCUUCUCAAGUUAUGGAUUAAGAAAUGUAACGAUGACAGUGAAACAAGCAAUUGGAUUUCUGCGAAUACCAAAGAAUGCCCAAAAUGUCAGGUAAUUGUUUUUUAG